AUGGACACUAUUAAAUAGAAAUGGAAAAACUAUACACUAUAAAAACGACUGAAAGACCUUUGGGAGGAUUAUAAGAAGGUUUCAAAUUUAUCGGAGGAUCCCUAGACGCUAAAAAAGUAAUGUGUAUUUUUGUGAAAAGAUUCCAACAAUUCCUUGAAUAGGCGAACAUAACAAUUAAGAAUUUUUUAAAAAGCGAUGAUCAGCAACUAGAAGUCAUCCUGGGUGAUGCUAAUCAAGUGUUGGUUGUGAUAUUGGAUUAUUUGAAUAAAUUUCCGGAAAUAUAAAAAAGGUUAUAUUUAUAUUAACCUUAUCUUUAGAAACGCGGACUAAGGGCAAUUAGUUUAAGAUAUAAUGGAGUAGUGCAUUUAAUUGGCAGAAUAAAUUUUAAGAGAACCAAAGUAUCGCAAAAGUGUUGAGAAUUCUCAUAAUGUCUUGUCCGACUUUCUAAAUUUAAUCGAAAAAGCACAGAAGACUGAAUCCAAAGUUCUAAUCAUAAAGCUUAUUGUAUUUGCUUUUUUAUAACAAAGGUUUUAUUUUCCGAGAAUCUCAAUUAGAGGAUUGAAUUUUUUGAAUAAUAAGGAUUCCACAAAUUGCUCUCAAUCUUAAUGAACAAGGAUCCACAACUUAAUCGUGUGAUAUCGAAGGCCCUCUUGCAUUUUUUGCUAAUAGAAGAUAUAAAUCAGGUAGUAAUAUGCAAUGUUGAGGAUGGACAAGAAUAAACAAUAAAAUAAAAAUUUAGUAAAAUAGCCGUGUCAUUGAGAUCUUUUGCAUUUCAAGGUAUUGACUCUUUAUUGAUAUUACUUCAGAAUUGUCAAAGGUGUUCCUUCCUACUCAAAACAAUAAAUAAUUAAGCAUCAAGUAGUUUUGUGUUGAAAAGAAGGAAAUCCUAACAUUAUCACAAGCUAUCGAAUAAUAAAUAAGUUUGCAAUCCAUUUUUGAAGUGGACUUAAGUUUCUACAUGAAUUCACAAUCAAUAAGCAGGUCCACCUCAGAUUAGGAUCAGAAUAAAAAUGAAAUUUAUGAGAAAAUUAUUAGCAUAAGUAGUACACCUCCAGAUAGACUGGCCUUAUCAUAAACGUAAUCUGAUAGGUCUCAAUCUGAAGACAUACUUAAAGAAUUUCAAGUUCUCUAAGGAGGAUUCAAAGCCAUUUUGGAAACACUUGAAAAGGCAACAUCUGAAGUCUAAGUGGAUUUGCUUUAAACCGUUCAGCAGAUCCUUCAAAAUAAUGCUCGAAAUAAAAUUGAGUUUAAAAGAGUCAAUGGUUAUCAAUUACUAAGUGACUUUAUUACUAAUAAGGACUAAUAGGAUGAGCAAUUUUAAUAGUAAUUCUACAAUUUCUUAAAACAAAUAUCAACUACAGAUACUGAGAUUGAUGAUUUAGAUGCAUUCACACUUAUGCUUGAGUUGUUGCCUGUAUAAUAGGAUAAAAUUCUGAAUAUAAUUGUGGAAGUUUUAAAUUAAAAUUGGAAAAAUGUUAUCAUUGCUAAAAGACUAAAGUUAUACUAUUAUUUGGCUAUCAUUUAAAUGAGGUAGUAUUUGUCAUCUGAGUAAAUUGCUGAGAAAUUCUGUAAUAUUGAUAACGAGUACAUUUUUACUAAUUUUAAAAAUAUUUUAGUUAAGGUUAAAUUUUAAUAAUCUGAGGAGAUCUGUUAACAAUUGUUUUAACUAUAUGAAUAACUAAACUAGUUGGAAGGAUUCUACAGUCUUGAAUUUGAAGCAAUCUAAAGUUAAUUGGCCAUUCUAUUUAUUGAUGAUAUCGAUAUUUUUAAAUAAAUUGUUGGAUUCGCAUUCAAAAUGAUAGAAUUGAAGAUGAGCAAGAAAUGUAGAUACAUGAAUUCCUUUGAUCAUCAAAGUGAAUUGGCAUUUAAAAACUUUAGUAUUAUUUUUGAUUAAAUUUACCAUUCAUUCUUAAAAGCAAAAAAAAAUAAUAUGCAAGAUGCAAAGGAUCAAUCCAGUUAUGUGUUUUUUAUAUAGAUAGCUGAAAUUAUUAACUAAUUCUUAGUGUGUGAUCACAAUAUUUAGAAACAGGAAGUAGACAUAUUCAAAAAUAUGGUUAGUUAAAACAGAUGUGAGUAGUUUAUGAAUUUAAUCAAGCCGAAUCUUAAAUUAAUUUAAAGUAAGUAAAUAUUAGAACUAUUCGAUUUUGAAUAUAAUGAAAAGAGUAAUUUGGCAAUUGCUCACUUAUAAUUUCGAUUAAAUUAAGUGUUGUUUAAUUCACUAGCGGGAAUUAUGAGACAUAAUGAUUUUAAAAUUGAACCUCAAAUGGUUUUAUACUUGGUCUAUUCUCAGUACGAAAUGUGGAAUGCUUUAGAACAACAGCCUCAAAAUCCUAUCACCCCCUUACUAGAAUUCUUAAUGGAUAUUUCGAAACUCAGUUCAUAAUACUUACAAUGCAUUUCCCACUUCUUUUUCAAAAUCAAAUUGCGUGAUGAAAACACUCUUGUGAUUGAAAAUCUUAUAUCAUUUUUAAAGUAAUUCGACUUCAAAAACCAAGACUUAAUUGUCAAUAUGCUGAUUUCAAUUUGUAAGAAUUUGCCUUAUUAUUAUGACAUGGUUAACUUAUAUCCUGUUUUAAUAUAAUAUAUUGAAACUUACUUGAACAAAGUGGAUCUAGAGUUAUGGUUCGACUUUGUGUUUUCAGGAGAAACCAUUAAAAAGUUAAAUGAACAAAAUUAUGGAGCAACAAUGAGUGAUAUCCUGAGCUUACUCUCAAUUCACAGUAUGUUUUAAGAAAAAGUGUUUGAUAAGAUGAUCAAUGGGGAAUAUUUGACUAACUCUUUUGCCACUCUUCAGUAUGAAACAACAAAGGAGCAAAGUAUUAAAUUAUCAAAUAUAUUAUAUUUGUUGAAUGCCAAAAGCAAUAAGAUCAAGGUAAUUAUUUAAAUAAUCCAAGAACCCCAUUUACAGCAACAAGUAAAAAUUCUUCUAAUUGAUAUAAAAACUGAUAAAUGGCGAAGAGUUCUCAAAUUAACUAUGUAACACGGUGUUCAAACUUGUAUUUUGGAAUUUCGAUAGUUAUCAUCUCCUCUACACAGAGAACAGCAGUAAUGUUUCUUCAGUUAUGGGAAGAAGUGAAUUUGCUGAAAUCAUUUAAAAAACCCAGAAACAAUAUUUAGAAAAUAAGCAACCCAUUUAACACAUAACUAAUUUGGAAUCGCUGGAGCUUUUCUUUUUGAUGCUAGGUAAAAAUAAAUCAUAGAGUUACAUAAUUGAAAUUUUGAAGAUUUUUGAAUCAAUUUUGGAUAACCAAAACUUAGCCACUUUAUUAGAUUCCAAUAUAAUAUAAAGUUUAUGUAUGUUAUUGUAGAACACAGACAAGAGGAUUGUGUAGCAAAUAUAUACAAUAAUUAGAACAAUUAUAUAGUAUGAUUUAAGUAAGUCAACUAAAUUGAAGAUUAUUGAUAUAUUAAAAAGACAUGAUGAUGCAUCUCAUAUUUUAAUAGACUAUUUAAAGGAUUUAUUGUAGAAUCCAGUGAUAAAAAAUGAUCAUGUGACCUUUUUAAAAAACUUUGACAUUUUAGUAAAGAAUUUUGAAGAGUUGGUGGGUUUCAAUGAAGAAAUAGACAUUUUAUUGUUUCAAAUAAUCAAUUUGAUGGCAUCUAAGAAUUCUCCAGAAAUACGAUCAGUGUUAAAACAGUUGAAUCUCUUUGAAUAUAGAGAUAAUCUGGCAUUGCAAAUAAUAAAAUAUAAAAUGGACCCAUAAUAGUUGAUGGAUAUACUAUCAGGAAUUCCAUUUGCCUAAUUGUGUAACAGUAGAAAUUUUAAGGAAUCCCAUUGUAUGGCUUAUUUAUUGCAAAGAUUGAUUUAGCACAAGGAUCAUUUCGGUUUACCACUUUUAAUAAUAAAGAUUUUAAAAUAUGAUAUAUCAACAAUAGAGGAUAAUCGAAAGUAUGUUAGUAAGCUUCUGCAGAAUGAUUAAUUGAUUAGUUUCUUUUAUCCAUAAAUGUUGAGAAAAUAAAGCAAAAGUUUAAAGUGCUUUGAUUAGGAGGAUCAGAAAAAUCAGAGAUCCAAUUCACCAGAAACGGAUGCAGCAUUUUCUCAAAACAUGACUGUCGAUCAAUUUCUAACAUUAUUUUUCAGUGAUAAAUUGUAGGAUGAGCGAUAGCAAAUAAAGUUAACAUUAGAAAGGGCACUCAUUCCUGUGGACAGUGAGUACAAGAGGUAAAUAAUGAAGUAUAAUACGAAAAAGCAGAGUCGGUUGGCCAAAUUGUCAGAAUAGGAGCAGAGUGAUAAUUUAAGAGUAAGAAUGUAUUAAUAUUUAUAGAUUUAAACUUCAAAUAAUGAUUGGGAAUUCAAGAUAUAGUCUCGUUUAAAGAAGAGUAACGAAAGAUCGAAAUUGAGAAGUCAAAAACAAUAGGAAUAAUUUGAAUAGGUGUUGGCAGAUGGAGAGAACUAAUGGUUUAAAUUGUGCUUAGGAUAAUGA